ACCAACCAGGGGAUGCUCCGUCAGCUCAAGAUGUUGCGGCAAGGAAUGUACAGAGGCCACUACGUUCUCGAUGCCUUACUGGCAUUUUUUCAAGUCGCUUGCAUUCGGAAGCACAAACCCUGAUGAACAGCCAAAACUGGCAACAAUGGCCAUGGAGAUUGCUUUGGAACAGAGACAGGAUUUCACAAGCGCACAUAUCGUUGCUGGGAUACUGCGAGCUAACAUCAAUGCUCGAUUUUGGCGCACAAUUCUUGAAUGUGUAAGAGCAUAUAAACGGACAAAUCUCCUUUUGUUUGACCAGCACCCAUACUUUCGUUUGCGGGUAGAUGAACCGGUGUACUAUUGGACCUUGGAGAAGAGCCGCAGAUAUUUCUUGAUUUGCAACUAUCAUCAGUCAGAUUCCACCGAGAGUGUUCCAAAGAUCAGUGUGCAGGACAUUCUCCUAGGACGUGGUGGUACACUACCCUAUGGAGAAUUUGAGGCUCUUUCAUGGAGGUCUAGCAUACCGCCCUACUACAACUACAUGGUAAGCUGUAAGAUGCAAGCACCACAACUUACAGUGGGAAGGAAGAGGCGCGUGCAUCAAGAGGAACAACAUUUUAUUUGAAAGUCUGCCACACACGUCAUGUAUGUUACUGCCUUUUCCUGCAAAUUGGGAAAUGUUAUUACACUGGCUUUAGAAGUCUUGCCAAGUUUAAACACAUAUGUCUGUUAGUGUGCAGGCUCUAGGCAUGGAGUCGCUGUAUCCUAGUAGUACAAGUGUUUGCAUGUCGAGUAUGUUAUGCUUGUGUUCAGGUAAGUACAUUCAGAGUCGAGGCGAUGUUUGCAUGUCUGAUAAAAUAGAGUCCAAACAUGUUGCAUUUAUAAAUUUGAGUAUCUGAGUCUGUAUGUAUCCUAUUGACCUGUGAGGGU